AUGCUUCUGCCCAACUGUUACUACUCUCAGCUAUUUGUUGACCGCAUGUACGCAGAUGCAAAUAGUGCCAUCGCGUCAACCCGUGGCUUUGACCUUGCUGAAAUAAUGCUGCAUAGCCUCCUUCAAGAUGAUCCUGGUCAACUAAGUGUAGAGCCUCUGCGUGCUAGUUCGGAUGUUGGCUGCGGAAGAGAGGCCUUGGAAUCCCCCCCUUUCCUGGAUCCAUCUCAGACAAUCAGCCAUAAUUCACUCUUUUCCACGCCUUCACAAGUUGCUUGCAACUACAAAAAAACACCCCUGACACCCAUAGAUCUUCUGUCUUCUUUGGCCUCCCGUCUCACGUCCGAGGCACUGCUGCUCAACUUCGAUCAUUUCACCUUGCACAAACGAUACUCGUUAUUCCUAGAUGCUGUGGAAGCAGAGUUCAGAGAUGAAAUCAUUGAGUAUGAGAAAAUUAAUGGCAGGGACGAAGGAAAGUGUGAAACCCUUUUCAGAUAUAUGUUCUUUGAGAUUCAUUUGUCAGCUCCCUCUGGCCAUGAGCAUUUGACUCUAGUAGCGAGGAGGAUGGCCACUGGUAUAAAACCUUUUAUCGAGAAGGAAGGCGAUGUCGAGAUCGGGAAACUCCGCAAACUCCAGAAAACUCCUGGUACAAAGGAGGAGCGAGAGAAAUGUCAAGAGCUCCUCUCCUCUGCCAGAGAGGCUCGCUUAAUGUGGGGGCGGCCGCUUCAUACUUCAGCCUUAGAUUUAAAUUUCUUCGCCAACCUCUCUUUCCCCUUUGCCAACAUCCCAAAUCUAAAUCUCAAUCUCAAGCAUUGGGACACUCAAGUCUGGCCCUCAGUCUGCUUCCCAGAUGUAGUUGUCCGUAACCUGCUCAACGUCUUUAUUGCCUCGUCAAUCCCCAAGACGAUCACGUGA